AUGGCACUUCAGAGCUUCGUGUGGUUGUGCGCCCUCCUGUGCAAUUCUAUGGUGUGGUCCGUGCCAAUAAGGUGCCAGCUGGAAGGAAAUCUUGUACAGACGAGCCAUAGCCUUCUGAAAGACGUGGGAGGUCAUUUCCCGCUGCAAUGCAUCAAGGAAAAUGUUUUCAUCGCUUUUCCAAGUACCGCUUUCGCGUCGAACGGGACCGCGGAGCAGACAGACGACGUCAAGAUGGCUAUUUAUGAAACUUUGCACCGGAUCAACUCCCUGUUUGACAACGACAACACGCCAGCACAGUGGGAUCAGAAAAAGCUGGAGGACUUUCAGAAUAUCAUUUACCGUCUGGUGGAGGAAAGCAAAUGCAUGACCGGAAGGAACCCGGGGAAUGAGGAUACGCAAAGCCCCGUUUUUAAUAGGAUCUCUGCACUGAGAACAUACUUCGAUAGCAUGGCCAGGAUUUUACAGGAGAAGAAUGACAGUUUUUGCGCGUGGGAAAUCAUCCGAAGGGAACUUGUCCGGACCCUGCACUUCAUCCUUGAACACUGCUCAGGCAGCUUGCGUUGGUCAAGAAGAAUAUGA